AUGAAGUUCCAAUCGCCUCUUGCAGGAGUUUGUCUUCUUGCCGCCGCUUCCCUGGUGGAAGCCGCGAAGACCGCUCAAUUCAGACCGCCGAAUUCAGGAGAUGUUAGAUUCCGAGUAAAUAUACCCACAUCCACGGCGGCUUCCAAGCAAGGGCCGAUAUACUUCCAGAUCCGAGCACCAAGCAGCGUAGAAUGGGUUGGAUUAGGCCAAGGAGGAGAGAUGGCCGGUUCGAAUAUCUUCAUGCUUUAUUCCGCAGCCACCCCCAGCAACGUUACGCUCUCCGCGCGAGCGGGACUGGGAGAAUUCAUGCCGGAGCAUAACCCUCAGACCAAAGUCACUCUUCUCAACGGCAGCGGUAUCACUGAGGGACGGAUGAUAGCGAAUGUUCAAUGUGAUAACUGCCUGAAGUGGGAAGGAGGAAGUAUGGAUCCAACAGACGCUGCCAGUUCAUGGAUUUGGGCCGUCAAGAUGGGCGCCUCUAUCAAGUCGAAUGAUGUUUCGGAGAGCCUGACGAUGCAUGAUAACAUGGGAGCUUUCACUCUAGAUUUAACCAAGGCCGUUGGAGACGACAAGGACGGUAACCCAUUCGGAUCGGACGAUGCCAACACUCCCGACUCUGGCUCUGCCGGCACCGUUGUUUCUGACGGAGGCCGUAUAGCCAAGCGGUCUGCUCACGGGUUGCUCAUGUCCAUCGUCUUCCUGAUCAUGUUCCCAUCCUUUGCUCUGACUCUACACCUAAUUCCAGGCAAGAAUACCGUCGCUCGCAUCCACGCUCCUCUCCAGAUAGUCUCUCUCAUUGCUUCGAUAAUCGGUUUCGGCCUCGGUGUCAGUGUGGCUAAGGAUCUGAAGAAGCUGGACUCCACACACGCCAUUAUCGGAAUCGUUAUAAUGUCCUGCAUCAUACUCCUACAGCCUGCUCUAGGGCUGCUUCAGCAUCUUCACUUCCGGAAGACUGGCACACGUGCUGUUCAGGGCAUCGUCCACGCCUGGCUGGGGCGUUGUGUGUUUGUCCUUGCCAUUGUCAACGGCGGCCUGGGGCUCAAGCUCAGUGGAAUCGGCAACCCCGGUGUCCCCAGAGCAGGUGUGAUUGCAUACUGCAUCAUAGCAGCCAUCAUGACUGCCGUAUACCUUUCAGUGGUUCUCUUCAUGUCAAAAAAGCCCAAGCCUACAAAGGAGGACUUUGGAACUCUCCAGCAGGAAAAGGGAAGUGCGGUUGAACUUGUUGACAGGUAA